AUGCAGCAUUUGACUUUAGUCUCUUCGGUGCUGUUGAGCACCAUUUCCUACGUCUACGGCCAAGUCCCGAGUGCAGGCGCUUGCGGGCCCACCAGCGUUGCCAAUGUUCCUGGGUGCUGGGGUCUUCCGGGCUGUGCGUAUGUCAUUGCAGGACCAGGUGCGGCAUGCAGCUAUGAUUAUUGCAACUGUGGAGGGACCAACGUGCCUCUUCUCCCUCAGACUUUGUCCAACACACCGACAAUUGGAUGUAAUUCGUAUACUACCCAGCCGUCUGCAAACAACUGUCCCACUGCGGCCAUCGUAGCUCCAGGUCCAGGUGCUCCUAGUUCCGGUCCUUCUUCCGCGGUUCCUUCGACGACCGCUCCUUCAAACCCUCCCUCAUCUCUACCAAUUGGGGCGACUGUGGUCACUAGCACCAUAAGUGGGCAGACGGUAAUCGAGACCUUUGCGCCAACCACCUACACCCAGUUUGCUACAGUCACAACCACCAUAACAACCACGAUCCUUGGCGCAUCAAGCAGUCCUAUCACGAUUACAGUUGGUCCAUCUGGGGUGGCUUGGACACCCUUCAACCAAAGCCCAGGAGUCCCUAAUGUGGCGCCUCCAUCACUCUUGCCCGGAGCUCCUCCGCCGUCCAGCGUGCCAUUGCCACCAGGAGGAACGGUAGUGACCGCCACAAUUGGCUCGACGGUCCUUACCGAAACAUUUGUGCCGACUACUCUCUCAGGCUACGCAUCCCUGGCGUCAACGAUAACUACUACAACUUUGGAUGCUCAAAGCAGCCCUGUUACAAUACUGAUUGGUCCGGGCGGCAUCAGAUGGAUUCCCGUCAGUCUACCUUCCGGAGUUCCCGAAGUCCCUCCGCCCACAGUGCUGCCCUUCAACCCAAAUGCCCCUUCAAUAAGGCCGCCCGGCAGCACACUAUCUAGCAGUGCGCCGAGCUCAACUGCCUCAAGCCCUAAUCCAUCAACCACCACCCCCGCAAGUGCCUCCCCAAGUGGCACAGCUGAUGCAGGUCAGGCUUCAAUAACAGACGCCUUCGGUAAUACAGCCCUAUCUGAGACUACCAUUAUCGCUGGAGGCGUAACAGAGUAUUGGUCAAAGGCCACCUUUGCAGAUCUAAGCACUGUAACAGCACCGACGACAGUAACAACACCGAUUGCGCAAACCAAUCAAGACGGUAGCCAAUUUACAAUCUCUGCAGCAAUCAUAAUUGUUGGGCCAGGUGGUGUCUGGUGGAAUGGAGGCACCGGUGGUUGGGGAUUGCACGGCCCCUCUUGUAUCUGGCCUUUCUGCCCGCCAGGACCACCUGGCGGAGGAGAUGUCGGUGGUGCUGGCUCUGCUACUAACCCCAAUGACCCCAAUAGCCCUAACAGCCCCGAGAAACCCAGCGAUCCCGAUGAUGAUGACGACAACAAAUCCCAGUCCCAAAAGAGUUCGGACCCCUCAAGUACAAUCACCUCGCAAUUCUCAAGCUCCUCAGCAUCCUUUUCAUCCUGCAGUGCAAGCACUAUCGCUUCAGAUUGCUCGGUCAUCUGUUCAAUGCCAACCAGCGCCUCAUCCCAAUCUUGCUCUACUACAUGCUACUCUACUGUCACCGGGUGCGGUGCUACAGGCACAACCGAAUAUUCGACCGCUACCGGAGCCUCCUGCACAAAACCGACAGGCUGGGGCAACGUGGUUGACGGAGAUGACUCUCCCGAUUACGAGCCCCUUGGCACAGCGGGUAUAGCUGCCCCUGGCGGUGUCAUUGGUGGUGCGUUGGGCUCUUCAUCAGCCACCGGCAGCUCUGGAACCUCCCGUGGAUCUACAGCUACCAGUGCUAGCUCUUCAAGCCCUUCGAGUGCACCACUCACGUCGAUUGUGCCCAACCCUACUUGCAUGGCAGAUGGGGCUCCGUGGUACAGCCCGACAAGUUGGUGCGACUGUGGACCGAGUUCAACCUACCCAACGCUGUCGGCUACGUCUGGCGCUACUACAGCAAAUUGUGCAUAUGCUUCGCUGCCAGCGUCGACCAUCCAGCCAGUCAGUACCAGCGCUGCGCCAACGAAUAUACCUGGCCAAGGUGGUAUCCCUGGCUGUGCAGCGGUUGUCUCAACUAGUGGUACGUCAGCCUACUGCAACUGCGGUGGCACACCAGCUCCCACCCUCAGUCCUAUAUCCUCGGGACUCUUGAACUGUGACUACACCAUCCAGCCAACAAGCUCCUACAACCCAGCAAUACCGCCGCCGCCGUCAUCAGCUGCUCCACUGUCACCAUCAUCGUCGGCAGCUGCCCCAGCACCCCCCGUACGCGACCGGAAAGUGCAAUGUCCACAUCUGGCAAGGUCUCGGACAGGAGCUAGGCGAUCCUGA